AUGAAAAUUAAUCAUCUCAAUACUGAAAUUUGUAAUCAUUGAAUUUUAUCAUUACAAGAGGAUAAAUUGGACCUUGAGAAUUAUGGUCAUUCUGUUCGAUCUCUAUUAAAAGUGACUGAAUAAGACCAAGAAAUAAAUUUGUAUGAGAAUCAGAACUCAAGGACACAUAGACAAGUUGAUCUGGCGAGCAUAAUCAUUGAAUCCAAAAAUAAGUAUUUGCUAUUGCUUACUUAGAUUGAGCACAACGAGUAAUCGAUAAUUACGAAUGAGAGCAGUUAGUUUUCAAACUAAUAAACCCAUGCUUAAUUAUAAGGAGGACAGCCCAAUAUAAUCAGAAAGUCACAACUCUAUGGAAAACUUUGGUUUCAGUAAUAAAAUUUGGAAAACCAAGGCUUUGGAGAUACUCAUGAUUACAUUGCGAUUUAUUAGUUUUAUAACAAAAUCAAAUUUCGCAACAAGCUUUAAAUUAAUUAAGAAAAAUGUAUUUGACAUAAUCGGGGAUGUUUCAGCAGAUUUUGAAUUCUAUCAGCUGCGCAACUUCUUUAAGUACGAAGUAAAAAUAGUGAUAAAAUUGUUUAUUUUCUAGAAACCAACGGGAUUCCAGAAAUUGAUAUAUUUUUUGAGCCAGCGGAUUUUAGUCCCAAUCAGAAAAACUAAACUCUUAAAAAUCUAUAUUGGGAAUCAGAGACUGAUUUUGAGACCAGAAUCACUGGCAUCUAUUUGGUGGAAUAUAUACAUAUUGACCAUUUUGAAUAUCAACGUGCUCUAUGUAUCAGCCAAAAUAGCCUUUAAAUUUGACGAUAGUACGAAUGAUGAUCUUCAAUAAGCAAGAUAGAUCAUUUUUGAUGUCUUGCCAUCAUACUCAUUUAUGCUUGAGAUACUAUUGAAAUUCAACACAUGCUAUUACAAUAAGGGAGCAGUGAUAGAGAAUAGAUAUUUGAUAGCUAAGAACUAUUUUCGAUCAUGUAAAUUGACAAUAUAAAAUUAGCAUUCUUGUUUGAUAUCUUCGUGAUAAUUCCAUAUUUUGUAAGUUUGAGAUUUGAUUUGGAAUACUUGGAUUUGGUGAUUAUAUUAAAAGUGUUUCAAAUUAAAAAGUUUUCAAGAACCUUAUUCGAUAGAUUAGAAUUAACAGCAAUUUAGAUAGUUAUCUUCGAUUUAAUUAAAUUGGUUUACACGAUAUUGGCAGCUGCUCAUUUCUCAGCUUGUCUUUGGUUUUUGGUAGGAUCGACAGGAGAUCCAAGUGGGAAUUCGUGGAUUAAAGUACAGAAUAUAGAAGAUGAAUAUUGGUUUAACCAAUAUUUGCAUUCCUUUUAUUGGAGCAUAAUAACAAUGACGACAAUUGGAUAUGGUGAUAUAACUCCCUAGAAUUUGAGGGAGAGAGUAUUUGCUGUGGGGAUGGCGUUGUCAGCAGUGGGCGUAUUUGGAUAUUCAAUAGGGAAUAUCAACACGAUAUAUGCAGAGUGGAAUCGAAGAAGUUUUUAAGUGAGGACUGAUAUGAACAAUUUAAAGAAAUUUAUUCGUAUUAAGGGAAUCAACAAACACUUGGCUGAAAAGAUUAGGAAAUACUUUGAGUAUUUAUGGAGUGAUCAGAUGGAGGAUAACGAUAGAGAGGUGUACAAAUUUAGUGAUUUGAUUCCGAGACAAUUGGCAGAGGAAAUGAAGAUCGAUACCAAUAUGAAAUUGAUUUCUAAGAUAAAUUUCCUCACUCAGAAUUUCAGUGAAUAGUUUUUGAUUUCUCUCUCCAAAACCAUGGUGGAAGAGAAGUUCGUUCCUGAAUCUACAAUAUAUUAAGUAGAAUGUAUAUUUGUAUAGGUAGCAACAUGAUCCAAGUGAGUAUCUCUAUAUUCUAUCGAAUGGGAGUCUUUCAUUUUACAUUACUAUGAACAACAAAUAGUAGACCGUAAAAGUACUUGAAACAGUAAGAUAGGAAGGUAUUCCUUUUGGUGUAUUGGAAUUCUUUCAAUCUUAAGCCUACCAGAUGUCAUGCAAAUCAAAUCAAUUCUCUUAUGUCUUAAAAAUAGACAGAUCUCAAUUUUUAGAUAUUCUCCAACAACAUCAAAAUGAUUAUGUAGAAAUCUCGAUUGUAUUAUUAUUAGUUUAAGUAUUGUGAGUUAGUGCAAUAAAUCUCAUUUAUGAACAAACAGGAAUUGGUUGACGUUACAUGCCGAGCUUGCAACAAGUCAACUCAUAUCAUCAGAGAGUGUCCGUAAGUAGAUGGUCUUAUCUUAGAAUGGUGUGUGGUUAUCCCAAUAGAGCCAAGGUGUUGCUUAAUUAUAGAAGGAACAUUCCAUCCGACAGAGUGAAAUACAGAAGGAAGAUAGAGAGAAAGAUCUCUACAAGAAAGGAAUCUCUCGACAUAAGGAAUAGUAUCUAUUUAUACAUGUGCAAAACUCAAAUGGUCUCCCAAGAAAUAGAUGAUCAGCGUUGUCUAUUUGAUAGCAGAGGUAAUCAACAUUUGAUAUCAAUAACAAGGAGCAAGUUUUGCUGAUAGUGCCAAUGAUGAAAUAAUAGAAAAUUAACAAGAAGUCGAUAAGGAAGUUCUUAAUAGUACAAUAUUGGCCUUAGAUCGGAACUCUAGAUUAUCAAAAUAAUAUGGAAAACGAAAAUUAACAUUCCAAGCUUGUACUGACGCUUUGAAGGACGAGGAGAUUGUAUGUUUAUUUGUAUCAAAUUAUUAGAGAGAUAGGAUUUUGGAAGUUAUCGGUAAGAUUUAAAGGGCUGAGAGGCAGAGUCUACGUUAGAACAAUGUCUCAAAUCAGAAUGUUCAAUAAAUGCAAUUGAAUGCGAGGUAGCAGAAUCAUCAAAAUACGGUUUUGAGUAAUAAGAGUAAUCAGGAUUCAGAUAAGAAAACAAGUGAGCAAGUGAGGGAUUAAUAGAGAAGACAAACCAAAAUAAUUAUUACGCCUUUUAUAAAGGUGAAUGACAAUUCAAUGGAGUAUCUGUAUCUGAAUAAGAAUUUGGAAGAAGAACAGGGUAAGAAGAUGGGAUAAUAUUUGGAGAUUUUCGAAGGAUUUGACAAGGUAAAGAACUUUGAAUAUUUUUUGAAACAUAAUAAUAUUAGGGAAAUAGCUCAAAAAUUUAAGGGUUUAAUAAAAAAUUAAAGAAUCAGAAAUUAAAAUAAAUUAGAAACAAUAAAAUUUAUUUGA